AUGCCGUCCGACCUCUCCUCAUAUCUAGCCACGCGCUACCUGGUAGCAGAUCCUAAGCCCUCCAAGAAGCGCAAGCGCAAGGCCGCCGCCGAGAACCAAGGCCUCAUCAUCGCCGACGACGACGACAACUGGGGCAAGUCCACACAAGACAACGAUGACGAUGAGAGCGGCCCGAUGCUCGUGUCCGGGGCCAAGUCAGCCGAGUUCCGCCGCACAAAGAAAUCGAACUGGAAAUCCGUCGCCGGCAGCGGGCCCUCGAAACAAACAGAUGACGACGACAGCGCCGCCGCCGCAGACGCGAUCCUUGCCUCGGCAGCCGCAGAGAACGCCGCCGCCGCGCAGGCCGACGACGAGAUGCCCGUGGUAGAAGGCGGCGGCAACGACGCGGGGGUGGUCAAGAUGAGCGACGGCACGCACGCGGGCCUGCAGAGCGCGGCGUCGGUGUCGGCGCAGCUGAAGAGGCGGCAGCAGGCGGAGGAGGCCGAGUUCGCAAAGCUGAGAAAGUCGGGCAAGGAGCAGGAGACGGUAUACCGCGACGCCACGGGCCGCAGGGUGGACGUGUCCAUGAAGCGCGCCGAGGCGCGCAAGCUAGCGGCCGAGGCGGAGGAGAAGGAGAGGCUGGCGAAGUUGGCGCCUAAGGGCGAGGUGCAACUCGAGGAGGCCCGGAAACGGAGGGAGGCGCUCGAGGACGCGAAGCUCAUGAACUUUGCCCGGACGGCGGACGACGAGGAGAUGAACAGAGAGCUUAAGGAGAAGGAGAGGUGGAACGAUCCCAUGGCGCAGUUCAUGGUCGAGAAGACGGGGCCGGGGGCCAAGGGGAAGAAGGGCAAGAAGAGGCCGAUAUACACAGGCGCUGCACCGCCAAAUCGGUAUGGCAUUCGACCGGGUUACAGGUGGGAUGGCGUGGACAGGAGUAACGGGUUCGAGGGAGAGAGGUUCAGGGCAUUGAACCGGAAAGAGCGGAACAAGGGGCUCACUUAUGAGUGGCAAAUGGACGAGUAA